CGUUCAACAAAACAAAAAAAAAACAAAAAACUUGAGGCGUGAUUCGAGAUUCAAUUGGGUACUCUGAUCCGACUCCGAGUGAGGACAUUCCAUUCGCGAGCAGAGAGAAGUAAUUCUGGUAUGCCAAAUCCCAAUCCCAAUCCCAAUCCCGUGUUUGCUCAAUCUUCUCUGUGAAUUGCAGCGUUUUUUCUUAAUAGCAAGUAUUAAUGGCCUUUGUCAUGGUUAGCUUGAAGAAAUGAGCGAAGUGGGAGGAAGAGAAUGGUGCCUGCGACAACGGAAGAAGAGCAAUAUUUCGUGACUGCACCGCCCUCUAGGUUAGUUGAGAGCAGUUAUCUUCUCUUCUUCAUCUCCAACAUUUUACAUCACAUGGCUGCUGUGCGAGAAAUUUGUGGAUCCUUAAUGUCUCUCUCAAAAUUGCAGCAUGCUUCACCUUCUCAACUUCCCUUCCUCCGAACAAUGACUUCUAAGAUUUUUGUUAAGGGUUUAGCAUUUUCUACUACAGAGGAUAAAUUAGCUGAAGCUUUUUCUCAAUACGGCAAAGUCCUGAAAGCUGAUAUAGUCUUGAAUAGAGCUAAAACUAGAUCCAAAGGUUUUGGGUAUGUGACUUUUGCUAAGGAGGAAGAUGCUCAGAAGGCACAGAUUGGCAUGAAUAGAAAAAUAUUACAUGGACGUGUUCUGUACGUAGACAUGGAACCACCUGACAAGCAUAAGAAAUCUAUUUCAGAGGGGGCAACUGAUAGUUGAUGCUCAAUAUUGUGUAAACAGUCAGAUACGCAAGGGAAGACUGCACCUUGUUUCCAAGUGCUUCUAGUUGAUAUUUUCAUCUUGUUUUCAAAGUACAAUAUUUAGAUCCACUAAUGAAUAGAUAGAUUUAACUAGCA